AUGGCUUCCAAUCUUCAUCUCAUCGUCCUCCUCGUACUCGUCUCUGUCUCCAUAACUUCCGUUUAUUCUCGUUCCACACGAGAUUCUGUCUUAAAACAAGACGAUGAAUCAUAUCCUAUGGCUACGAGUGAUCAAGGAUCAUCGAUCAUUACCGACGUUGAAGAUGUAGCGAAAGCUCGAAGUCUUCGAUCAAGCUCUAGUCGAUGGCUCUAA